GCAGCGGGCUGCGCCGUUCGUGUUUCCGCAGCCCGCAUUAAUGUUAUCGUGUGUUGUGCAAAUGAUUUUGUUUUUAUGGCGCUGAUAUUACUUCAAGUGUUGUUGCUGGGAGUGCUCGCGGCUGCUGUCGACGAUGUUCCGGUCACGUGGUCAGCCAGUCCUCACAGCACUCUGCUACAAUGUGAGGUAGUGGAUAAGGCUCGCACGGUGUCGCGUAGGCCUCCGCCCCCGCCGCUUGAUGAUGAGCGGCCUAAACCGAAGCCCUAUCUGUGGAGGCGCGGCAAAGAAGAAUUCAGCGAGAGACGGGAACCGCUGAAUGUGUAUCAAGAUCGCGAAGGCGAUGGCCUGUACCAGUGCGGAGUGAAGUUCCACCAUGGAAUUGUCCUCGGUUAUCCUGUUAAUCUUAAAUUUCCAUAUAUAAAAGAUGAAUUUUCAUCUCAGCCUCAAGAUGUGGAGGGAUAUUUGAGACAGCCUCUGGUCAUCCCUUGCAGGAUUGAAUCGGGUCCGCCUGCCACUGUAGCAUGGUUCAGAAACGGACAACGGCUGCAGCUAAAUUAUAGAUACCAUUUGCUUAAGGAUGAACUACUUAUAACUGACGUGAGAUCUGAAGAUGCUGGAGUUUAUAGAUGUAUAGCAUCAAAUACCAUUUUAAACCAGACAAUAACAAGUGCAGAAGGGGUGGUAACAGUUGUUCCUUCCACGAGUACGGCCAUUUCCCUGUUACCACUGCACCAUGGGGAUUAUACCGCACCACUCGGGGGUAGCCUGGUGCUACCCUGCCCAGUGAUUGGCUGGCCAAGACAGCAUGUUAUAUGGAAGUUAACCCCUCCACACGUCGGGGCUCGGACCAGCGAGCUGGAGAGCAGUGAGGAGGUACUGCGUCUGAGCAACCUUGGGGCUGAUCAGGUCGGAGUCUAUACUUGCUCAGUAGAGGGACGCUCAGAUCUCGUCCAGACAUACAACGUGACAUACACAAUACCUGUGAAGAUAACGCAUCCACCAAUAUCUAAAGAAGUGAAGCGCGCGGGGACAGUCCGACUCAAUUGUACCGCCACGGGUUCUCCCAAACCCAAAAUCUAUUGGUACAAGGAUGGAGAACCACUACUAUUGGCUAGCAGAUUUAAUCUACGUACAUCUGCAGAUCACUCACUCAUUCAGUUGGUCAUCAGUGGGAUUACUUCUAAUGAUGCUGGUGUGUACCAAUGUUUUGCGUCCAAUGGAAUCACAAUGGCCUCACAAUGGGCCGAGUUGACAGUAACGGGGCCGGCAGUCGCGGCCCCCGUAGCACUAAAGUGUGCCCCCACGGGCCCCACCUCUGUCUCCCUCAGCUGGGGCACCCUGGAUAAGGUUACGGGAUACUAUAUUGUACAUUGGGAACCCACAGACAUGUCAGAAGAAUCCAAAACCGGUCAGCCACUGACAAACUCCGACAUGACGGUCCCCGUAAGGGGGCUCACCCCGUACCGGUUCCAGGUUCGACUCUUCUCGAUCGCAGUCAACAAUUAUAUGCCCAGCGACAUGUCGAAGGACGUCGUCUGUCAAGGGCAGGGCGUUCCGGUGAGACUGCUGAAACUGCAAGACAACCAAGUGGGAGUUUCCUGGCGUCACUUCGCUGAGAGGAACCCUGGAGUGGUGCAGUGGAUCCUGCAGUAUUCCCCCAACCACACCUUGCCUGAUACCAUUCAGAAUGUUACCCUGGAUGGGAGUGUUAACAACUAUACGCUAAACGUUGCAUCCUCCGCACUAUAUGUUCGGGUGCUGGGGUCCCGAACCUUGGACUGGCUGCCUCAGAACCUAUCCCUGGUACCUUGGACGUCUACCGAUCAGGCGGGGAAGGACUUCGACGCCUGGCGAAUCGCCGUCCCCUACGGUCUGCGAGUGGUGGAAGUGAUGGAGAGCAACUUGACUGUUUCAUGGCAAUGCGAGGGUGCCGAACGGUAUACGUUCCUUGUUUGUGUACGCAAGUUGGAGGCGACUGAGGAUUGUCAGGAGAGUUUAAAGACAAAUGCAACAGUGGAGAACUUAGAACCGGGCAGCGAGUAUGAGGUGCGAGUUCAAGCGCGGGUUCCGGGACGUGCACGCGCAGGUGCCUUCAGCGAACCGUACCAUGUCGUCACUGCUAGUCAGGGUUCGAAACUAUUCAGGAACUUAACGUACGCGUUCGUUAACUCGAGCGCAGUACGUAUAACAUGGAGUGGCGACGCACGCAACUACACAGUUCGGUAUUCCUCGAGGCUCAAGGAACCGAUCGAGCAAUGGCCAUUUGUUAUUACGAAUGUAAAUACUGCUGUUAUAAGCGGUAUAGAGCCAACAGAAUCGACAUUUGUUAUCGUGUCGGGAUAUCAACCCCUGGCGCACAGUCCCGUUCUGAAUGUACCUCCGCAAAUGAAGGACAUGCAAGCAAAAGACCUGGAGUACUCGUACAGCGGAAGCGAUGUUCGCGUCUGGUGGCCGAAGGGGGCGACGCGUGAAGUUCGGGUGUCGCAGAACGUGACACAGCCCAUCGACACCUGGAAGCUGUACAGCGUCACAGACAGUAGUAUCGAGCUCCAUGACUUAACUCCCUCGCUGCCAGUUCACGUGUUGGUGUCGGUGGGAGGUCACAAUCAGAUGCUGAAUAUUCCCGCCAGACCCGCUAAUGAAAACUUCGGUCACCAGCUGGGCAUCGGUUUGGGCGUUGGUUUUUGCCUGCUUUGCGUGUUUUGCGUGUUGAUCGUCGUUUUUGUUUGCGUCUGGAGGAAAAAGAAAAUUGCUAGGAACAGAUCACCUAACCGGAGUCGGGUCCAAACGACUCAAGGUGUGACCGAAGAAGCUGAAAUGAGGGCGGUGGGCGCGAGUGGGCCAAGGGGCAACGGGACGGAGCCGCUUCUCAACGGGCACGUCCAUAUUAUUGACAAUCCUGCCUCGAAAACCCCAAACGGGAAAGUGAAGAAAGCCCGCCGGUACGACGCAUUCGACUCAUUCGACGUGUCUCGCGAACCCGAGCGAACGGCCGAAUGUUCCUUCGGCGGUCUCCUGGACACCUCCCGCCCCCCGCCCGACCUGAUCCCCUCUCGCUCCAACGGCUCCUUCAAACUCCCCGACGACAACAUGAACUCCGAACUGACUCACGGCACGUUCCAACUGGACAACAGCAAAAUUCAACCCACCCUUCAGCCCAACGGUUGAGAUCGCGCGACGCCCUCUGUUCAGAAUCACACAGGGGUAGGCGGCCCCCGAACCGGUCCCGGUUUUAACGAUAGGAGUUUUGUACUUUGUUUCGAGGCUCAGGCCGAGUUUUGUUCCUAUUCCGACCGACGCACGCGCGUAUACGCCCGGCGCGUACGCGUGCGAGGGCCUCCGCGUCACACGAACGUACAAAAUACAGACCAAAAUAACCAAACACACACAUGUACAUAUUUAUUUUCCUUAAGCCUAAGAAGCUACAGUUACCCCCUUACAUUCCACGUAUGUUUAACGCACACCCGUUUAUCGAACACAAAUUCAAUUAGAUAGAGUAAUGAAUUGAUAUUGCAACGAAACACUGCUAUUAUAUGAGAAAUAGUUUAAUAAAUUGUUGAAUAUUUACUUACGGAGGGCGGGGUCGGCGUUCCUCGGUCGAGAUCAUCCACCUUUAAUUGAGCCGGCCCCACCCUCUCGCUCGUGAAACCCCUUACCGUUCGUUAUUUAUUCCAUAUCACAAUGAUGAUCUACCUCAUUUACUUGGUUAUAAGGUAUUUGUUAAGUUGGCCCAACGAUAUUCGGCAACAUUAUUUAUUUCAUAGUUUUAAGUCCACACAGGUUCUUUCACCCUUCGGUACAAGUUUAGCACCUCGGUACAAAUGUGUACGUUUGCGUUUACGUUUGCAGCCUAUUUUAUUAUUUAUUCUAUACUUAGACCACGUACGAAGCCGUUAAUUCCAUAGCAAUAGCGAUCUGAUGUCGCAGCUUUUCAAUAUCUCAGGCAUAAUCUUUUGAGAGUGGGACGCCGAUGCUGUGUAAAUAAACAGUUUUAAUGAUUCGGGACAGGGUAAAUUAGGGAGACUUAGCGCUAAGUACGACUCGCGUGUGUCAAAUCCAACGGACGUUUGGCGUACCGGUUAUACUUUGAGUGGGGGGGAUAGCGAUUAUGUUUUUUAAAGGUUGCAAACGCCAAUCGAAGUUUGUGUUAUAAACAGCUUCUGUUAACAAGCAAUAAAUUAUGCUCAUUGGGAACUAAGUGUCGAAUUGAAAUGUCUCUUUAUAACACAGACGUUUGUAAAUAUAAACUCAGUUUAAAUUUAAUCGCCGACUAUGUACCUGAUACUUCAAUUACAGUUAGUUUUAGAUUUAGUGUGAGCUCUUUAGGCUAGAAAUAUAACGUCGCUAGGUUUACACAGGGUCUAAGACAUCUAGGGCGCGUUGGUUUUUGAAGGAAUUUUGCUGUUGUUUUGUUGCUUCGUUAUCUUCCUACGUAUCGGUGCGUUACGAAACGCGAGCACGGAUUGUCGAACUGUGAAAAUCGUGUGAGAUUUUCACGAUACGAUUUCUUCGAUAGUUUUUGCGAGAUUUGUAGAAACAGUUCAAAGUAUGUACGCAUUUUGUAUUAUAGCUACGUUAGGUAUUAAAGUUUCUUUGACGCUAUUUUGUAUACAAGUUCACUCUAGGUUGUGUAUACUUCGUAUUAUUUAUUUUAUUUACCAAAUUGUUGUCUCCCGAUGCAAUAAACCUGAAUUAUGUACAACUGUAGUUAAAUUGUUAGCGUACGGCGAGCGACGAGGAUCGUGCGCGUCGCCCACCGUACUCGGUCCAUUUUUAGUUGCCGUAGUGGAUCGUUAUAAGUUCUUCCUUGUACAGAUUUUUUAUUCUCAAUUUACAAGAAUGGCUUUUCCGUCCUUGGAAAUGAUUUCAAAUAAAAGCCUGAUGUAUGUGCCUCGAUACGUUUAAUCGUUUUGCAAUAAUUUAGUUCAAGGAUCGAAUAAGUCGCGACAGAUGGCGCUGUAACAUAAAAGUAUUACUGUCACAGACAAUUUAUCAGGGCCGAGAUUCAGAGACUAGAAUAGGAUUUUUUGACUCAUCUUCGAACUUACAUCUCACGUUCCAUCGCUCAUCCGCUUGAUACUUUGUAUUUUACAAGAUGUUAUAAGUUAAAAAAAAAAUUAAAGAAAGCUAUCUGCCUUUGCGACAACCUUUGCUGUAAAUAUAAAAUAUAGCUUUAGAUUAUAAUUAGAUAUUUUGGGCACAAAUCUAGUAAAAAUAAAAAAUACUCUUCUACUCUCUGAAUCUAAAACUACCAGCUGUACUCUUGAGUCGUCGAUUAAGGAUUAAAAUUUUAAUAUGACUUUGAUAUAAUGUAAGAGAUCCGAGUACAAAUAAUAGAUUUGGCACCGCCCUGAAUUAGUCGUUAAAUUUCCAUCUCCACCGUAUUUGUAUAUUCAUCUACAAUUAAAUAUUAUUUAUAAUAGUCUCUAAGAAAGACUAAUGUAAAAAAAUACAAUAAGAAAAACUUAUAAUUUUUAAAAUAUAAUUCAGCGCCACCUUGCGGUCACAUUACACGGGUAAUUCAUUCCACUUUACAAUAGCUAUUUCUGUUACUGCACAUUCCAUAUUGGCUGCAAUAGUUGUCUCCUUACAGAUUUUUUAUAUUAAGUUUUAAUUAAUGUUACAUAGACACUGAAGGUAGUGUUUAUGCGUUUUUACCGCAGAGGAUAUUAAAUCGAUUAUUUCGAGCAAACUCAAAAUUCUUGUACCUUUAUAAUUUUUUUUCAAAAUAACUAUUCUAUUAUAUUAACCCCUUUAAUAAAUUAUAGUAAAAUAAUAAACCAAAGCCUACAUUUUUACUCCUUUUUUGUUAUUAUCCUAUGUAUAAAAUAAAUUAUGGAAAACAACACAGCAUGAAAUAUUGCCUUGUGGUAAAAACGCCUGAUCCAGCCUUAUAAAUAGUAUAGGAUAUUGUUACUAUAGUAUAACCAAGUUUGGGAGUAAUUGUACAAUCGAGGGAUUUAUCAAUUUCAUAAAUCGUAAUAUAUUACAGACAAUUACAGAUUUUUUUAUUAUAAUCCGAUAUAGACAACAGAAUAGUGUUGCUAUUUUCGCUAAAAAAUGCCGAUUUUAUUGUGUUGUUAUGCUUUCAAGCGUUUGAACAAUGGAUUUAACAUCGUUUUAUCAAUUUGUCAAAAAAUUUUAUGUCUAUCUGAGUUUCCUUUCGUUUCGGUGUUGCCAGCGAUUUUGGUAUGUACUUAUUAAACGCGUCCAAUAAUGCCGGAUUGUUCAGGGCUUAUAUUUAUUUGUAGUUGUGUUAUUAUUUGGUACGUUGAAGCUUUGGCGUGGAUUGAAGGAUUCAUUCUUGCUUAUAAUUUGUAUUACUGCUAAAGAGAUCAACCAAAAUUGAUGUCGUAUGUUAGGGCAUAGAAAGCUUCUGUACAUUAAGUUCUAUGAGCAUUUGGGGCAAGGGCCUGAUAAUCUUACCAAUUGAUAUUUGCAAGUAAAUUAUGACAAUAAGUUUUCAUACAAAGAAAUGGGGUAAUAUUUCUAUAUUUACUUAAAUUCGUAAAUAUUAAUUAUCAAAUACAUUUUCAAAUAUAAAUGGAAUGAAUCUUUCACCACAAGUGUUAGGAUGGAGAUGUUGUUGUAUACAUAAUUAUUAAUAAGGGCGAAACCCAUGUUUAAUGUACUGUGGAUUUAAACAUUUUGAUUUUCUAAAAUUUUUAAGUCGCUAGAGAAUUACGUUUAAGGUAAUUAUGUUCGACAUUAAUUUUAAUUUAAAGUUGGAUGUUAAUCAAAAUGUUUAAUAUUCAUUUUAAUAUUUUAUACGUUUAAGAUAUUUCAAAUCGUGUGGGAACAUGAACAGCUCCACCCUUGGACCAAAUACUAUGAAAUUGUUACAAAGUGUUUAAGAAAAGUUAAGUAGGUUGGGGCCUAUUUUGCUGGAGACAAUUGCGACACGCCCGCGUCAAAUCCUUAAACCGCGUUUCCAUUAUGCAAGUACUUGCUUGCAAGUAUGACGUCACGUUUGUGUGCAAGUGAGUUGAAACAAAAGAAACAUGAUUUUGUUCAACUUACAGCUCGCAUAUCUACAAGUUUUUGGUGGCGUAGAUAGUUCUCCUAAUUGAACAGUGUUCAUCAUGAGAAGAAGUCGUUCUAUGGUUGCAUUUCAGUGCAAAGAUGUAAACGUAUUAAUUAUACGUAUACACAUAGUAAGUAACAUAAAAUUAACACAAAAAAACGCUUGCAACUCGCGUGCAAAUGAGCUUACUUAAGUGUUGGGCAUACAAGUUUGAACCUGUAUGCAAGUUGCAACUUGUAUGCAAGUCACUUGCAUAGGAAACGCGACUUUAUAUAGUACGGUACGGAGUUUAGUUUGUUUUCAUCGAAAUAGGUACCGACGAAAAGGACAAUAUGAAAUGUUUGUGAAAUAGAUUUGGAACUCUAAAACAAAAUAAUUGUUAAGGAAAUAUAAUUCGAGUUUCGUUUGGAAAAAUUAAUUCACGUUAACAAGAUACAUGGAUUUAAUGACAUAAUCUUAAU